CCAUAUACUUCCCGAAAUCGCGUGCCUCGUUGGCUUGCCCAGAGCAAUAAGAAUUUGCCGCAGAAAUUUGAGGUUGAGGCAGUGUUAUCCAUUAUUCCUGAGACUGCAUUGAAGUAUCUGCUUUCUCUUGCAUUUAUUAGGAAUAUUUACAGAGGUAAACGGAUCAUGAAGCUAUGAGCUGAACGUGAAAAUAAGUAUGAACAUGUCGGUGUAUGCAAUGCGAUGAACACAAGUAUUGUUCGCACUCCCAGACCCAGGCAUCGUGACUUGCAGUUGCACGGCGCCGAGGCAACCGGGGUGGAGACGACUGGAGAGAGAGUGUCGUGGUGCAGAUCUGCAGCUCAGCUUGUCUAAUCUUAUCCGGGCCUCGCGAUGACCGAGGUGGCCUGCAAACUCUCAUUACUUGUUGUAUGUUUAACUUUGAAUAUCCAGUAAACACAAGCUAGAAAACAAAUUAAGACAUCUUUUGGGAAAAUAAAACAGUUUGAACUUUGAGGUCUAGAUGAAUAGAUCUUGUUCUUGUGUCUUGUGAACUCUAUAUGUCUAUGAUUCUACUCUAGAAACAAUCUAACAGUAGACCUAACAAGUUAGGGCUCACCUCAGCCUAGAAUUAAGUGAAACUCACUGUUUUUUAAAUCUGCUACUGUGCUAGAGCUAAUUCAACUGUUGCUGAAACCUGAACUGAAGUUUCUAGACUGGUCUGUAGCCUAGCUGUACUAAUGUUUUGAUAAACUGGUUAUACUAAACUUCAUCUUUAAAACAAUUACGUCUUCUCCAUACUACCCAUAGAAAACUGUGAAUUUUAUUAUUAUUAGCGAUGGCUGAUGAACUUGAAUAUCAUGUUACUUUUCCAACAAAAUUUUCAAGUGUUGCAACAAGGACAAGGGCUCAAAGAAGAAGCACAGGAGCUGAAGCUGCUGCUGCUACAGGAGAUGUGGAAUUGACUGAAAGAAGUAGCCCAGACAAAGAGCCUGUCAUUUUUCUCCUUGGAUGGUAUGGUGCCGAGGACAAAGAUCUUGCUAAGUACAGCGCAAUUUACCAGUCUGAGGGCUAUGUCACCAUCCGGUACGUUCUCCCUGGAGAGUUCUUGUUCGAGGGUAAGCUUGGAGAGGUGAAUUUCAUCGCGGUGAAAGUUUUGGAAGCAUUCUUUGAUUUGGGCCUGGAGGAGAAUCCCAUUUUCUUUCACCUGUUCAGCAACGGAGGAGGGUACAUCUACCGCGCAGUUACAGAGCUGCUGAACGGGCGCGAUCCUGGAGUUUUCGCAGCUCUCAAGAUCUGCGGUGUAAUCUGGGACAGUGCUCCCUGCAGACCCACUUUCUUCUCUGGAAUCCGGGCCUACUGUCUCUUCUCACCCGACAUCGACAGGCAUUCGCAGCCUUGGUAUGUCUCUUACGCAAAGAUGGCGCCAGCUUGGCUUUGGCUCUUGGUCAAGCAUAUAGUCCUCCCAAGCUUCUGGGAAGCCAACAACCUCAUGAACUCCUACAUUCCAGCCAUCAUAUCCGAUAAGAUGCCUUGUCCCCAGCUGUUCAUCUACUCCAAAGCUGAUUGCAUCGCAUGGUACAAGGAUAUCCAGGACAUCGUCGUCCAGCGGAGGAAGCAGGGCUGCGACAUAACCGAGGCAUAUUGGGAGGACGGUGAUCACCUGGAACAUCUUGCCAAGCAUCGUGAUGAAUAUGUUGACGCUUGCUUGGAUCUUGUAUCGCGAGGUUUGGAGUGCUUUGAAAGUGAUGACUGAACAAGUGGUUUGCUUUUUAGAUCUUUGUUUUGUUCUGGCUCUUAUAUAAUAGCCUCUAAUUAUGCUUUUACCUCACUCUUAUGUCUUAUCACUCUAUACUUGUACAUUGUUUAGGUGCUUCAUCAGAUGUACUAGUAACACAAUUUUCUGUGUUUCCUUGCCUAAAUAGGUACAACAAAAAUUGUUGUAGAAGAUAGGAGUACAUUCAGAAUCAUAGACGCUGUCUUGUAUUUUGAAAUACACUUUAUCUUUAUCAAUAAAUAUAUAUGUAAAGCAUGUUUGUUCACAAUUUAUUAAAUUUGCACCUGAUAGCAUUUUGAUUUGAGUUUUAAAGAGCACAAUGUACUCAUACAUAUUUGCACCAGACAGUGUACACAUGUAUCGGCAGUUUAUAAUCACUCGCGUCGCGUUCUGGUUCGUAAUCACUCGCGUUCUGAAUUUUUGGCGAUUUUUUUUUAUUUCGGUGCGAUUAUUUUUAAACGGUGUCUUCAAUGGGACAGACAUGCAGGGAAAUUUGAGUUUCGUUUUAAGCCGGCAAUUAAGUGCCUUAAAAUAAAAUGUACUCGACUACUGUUCUAAGUACCAAGAAUAGACAAGCUUGAUCCGCCCCAGACAGCUGGCAGCAGUCUGUUUCGAGGAGUUUUUUUUUCAAACAUUUUUAAUUUCUUUUUAUUUCUCUGUAUUUGGUGAGUGGAGCCAACGGAGUUCAGCGGAACAACCAACAUAAUAAUUAAUAGACACAAAGACCGAAGCUUUUGGUCAAUAUCAACGAACGUAGAGGGCAGCAACACACAAGCGUGUUGCUCUAAGGAAGGUCAACUCCGCUCGAAUUUUGUGACCACUCAAAAAAAUUAAAAAAAACUUAUAUCACACACACACACAAUUAUUUGUAUAAAGGAACAAUUUUGUUGGUCCCUCGGACUUCUUUGUAACCAGAGUGCACUUUACUCCCCCUCCUACUUCUCUUUCUUCUCAGUCUUCUUUUUAUUCCCAUUAUUAUGUCAUCUUAUUCUUCUCCCUGAUCUUCUACUUCUCAAUUUCUUCCCUUUCUCCUUAUUGUUCAUCUCCCUUCUCACUUCUUCCUUUUCUCUUCUCAGUCUUCCCCUUAUUUUAUUUUCUCUUUCUCUUCUUCUACAUCCUCCCCUCAAUUUUCUCUUUUUAGUUUCAUUUUUACCCCCUUAUGUCCUCCAUCUUCUUUUUUCUUCUUCUACUUCUCCUCCUCCUUCCUUCUUGCUUUUCUUCUUCAGCACUUUUUUCCUCCCUAAUUUUUACGUUAGUGUAGAAUAAUUCACAAAGAAAGGGAGAAGCAAAUAAAUAGUGAUAUUAUGAAAUUGUAGCACCUCACUAUGCUUUAUAAAGAAUACCACAGACUUCAGGAAAAUCCUCCAAAGGCAAAGCUAAAUCGAGAGUAGCCUUUCCUCCUUUUUCUUCUUUAUUCCUUUUCUCCUUUCUUUCUCCUUUUUUCCUUGCUUCUUUCUUUCUGUCUGUCUUUUUUUUCUCUCUCUUUUCUCCCUCUUUCCCUUCCUUUCUCCCCCCUCUCUCUUUUUUUAGGGGGAGCCCCCCCCCCGCUUCCGCCGCCUAUGGCUCUAAGAUUUAAGAUGUGGAAUGUGAUUAUGUUAAAACAGUAGUCAAAAUUUGCUUGUUAUCUUAAAACAGUGGUUUUAAAAAAAAAUCGCCAAAAAUAAAAAACGCGUGUGAUUACCAACCCGACGCGAGUGAUUACGAACGCGAGUGAAUAUAAUAAGCCCAUGUAUCUCAUGUUACUCUUGAACUGAAUACAUGUACCGGUACAUGUGCAGGGUUGCAGAUACAUGUAAGUAUUUGAAAGUUACAUGUGCAUUCAAACUUGCCUUGGUUGAAUUGGAAUAUGCUGCCACAGAAGUUGCAUUCAAUUUAUUAUUUUGAAAAUAAACGUUCUUGAUAAAUAUUCAAGAUAUUAAAGAUAAAUGCCACUUGUGUUUACAACAAUUUCAAAAUGAGUUACAGGAUCCCAAAAUGACCACCCAAGUGUCUGAAGGCAUAAAUGAAAUAUAUGUGCCAAAAGACUCCGGAAGAUAUUGUGUAAUUGCUGAGACAUUAUGAAAAUAAGCAUGGGAUUCCAGCAAAAUGUUGGGUCUUUCUUGCUAGGCAAUGUUCUGAACCUGAAUUAAGGCCAAUCUCUGACAUUUCACUGAUAAUUUGGAAAUCCUAUCAGCACUGGCGGAUCCAGGGGGGGGGGGGCAUUUCCGGCCCGUGUCCCCCCCCCCCCUCUUUGAGAGGCACAAUUGAAAUUUGUAAUGUAAAUAUGCUAUUAAAACAGAAGUGUACCCCCCUUGAAAGUGAAGACCUUUUUUGUGGAGAAAAUACCCUUAAUUUUUGGUUAAAACCCUUUUUAUUUGGGGGGGGGAGGGUUUGCUUCUUAAUUUUUUCCUCGGGGAAAAUGUGCCCCCCCCCCCACCUUUUGGAAAAUCCUAGAUCCAUCCCUGGUUAGUGUAUGAUUUUCCGAUGAAACAGUGUUCUUGGUCCAUAAUUACCGUACCCAAAGCAUAGCUAUUGAUUUUUCCAGUGAUGUACAUGUAAUUGUAUUUACAGUACAAUGUCCAAUCAAUUGCGAAAAUCAAGUUUAUGAUUAGUGACUAAGUUUUGUGUUGCAGGAUCAUGGGCCCCAUCUUACAAAGAGUUAUGAUUAAUCCAAUCAAAUAUUACUGAUCUAUGGAAAUCCAUCAGUCUCAAUUUUUUCUACAGGAAAUUUGCAAAAUGUCCUUUUUAAACAAAGGAGAACACAACAAAUUGUCAAGAAAUCAAUGAAUUUAUGAAUAUACAUCAUAUCUAGAAUUUUUUUUAAUAAACAUGCAUUUUAUAUUUUGACUUACUAGUAGCUGGCUUUCCAAAGUUGCGAUUGAUCGGAUCAAUCGUAACUCUUUGUAAGACGGGCGGCAGGGCCCCUAAAGUGCGUUUUCAAUUCUUGCUACAUUUUACUGUCAUACCAGGUGGGUACCCAUGGCAUCCAAACUUUGGAGAUUGAAGAAUAAUAAAAAAAGACUAGUAGAAUAUGUUUGUUUGGGUUAAAAACAAACAAACAAUGCUCUCAUGAUUUGGUUUUCCAAAGGUCAAGGUCAAUGUGGUUAUUGCCUAUCGAACAAGUUUUGUGUUGCAGGAUCAUGGGCCCCAUCUUACAAAGAGUUAUGAUUGAUCCAAUCAAUCGUUACUGAUCUAUGGAAAUCCAUCAGUCUCAUAAUUUUUUCUACAGGAAAUUUGCAAAAUGUCCUUUUUAAAUAAAGGAGAACACAACAAAUUGUCAAGAAAUCAAUGAAUUUAUGAAUAUACAUCAUAUCUAGAAUUUUUUUUAAUAAACAUGCAUUUUAUAUUUUGACUUACUAGUAUCUGGCUUUCCAUAGUUGUGAUUGAUCGGAUCAAUUGUAACUCUUUGUAAGACGGGCCCCUAAAGUGCGUUUUCAAUUCUUGCUACAUUUUACUGUCAUACCACGUGGGUACCCAUGGAAUCCAAACUUUGGAGAUUGAAGAAUAAUAAAAAAAGACUAGUAGAAUAUGUUUGUUUGGGUUAAAAACAAACAAACAAUGCUCUCAUGAUUUGGUUUUCCAAAGGUCAAGGUCAAUGUGGUUAUUGCCUAUCGAACAUACACAUGCACAUUGUACAGGAGGUGUUGCAAAUUUAAAUACAACUGUAGGCUUGAGGUUACUCCAAACUUUGGAAGUUUGUUAAUUCCUGAUUUAAACCAUUUUAUUUCAACUUUCAAGUUAUUGUUUGGAUAGAUUCCUGGCCUUAAUACACCCCCUUAGUCCCUUUGCCUGUGGCCAAUCAGAUGAAUUCUACUCUUGCCUUGCUACAUGUAAAAUGUAUAAAUAAUUAAUUUCUUUCAUAUACUUUACAUCGUUAACAGGUCGAUCUACUUUGUCACAGUAUCCCAAAUAUUAUGGAACAAUGAUAUUAUGGUAUACAUGUACAUGUAACUUUCAUCAAUAAUGAUUGAAAUGUUAACACAUCUGUAAUAAAAAUAAUAAUAAAAAUUAGCGGUCUUGCACUGCAAAGCCACAGCCCCUUAAAAAUGCCAGCCAGUUUAAUACAAAUUAUAUUAUAUUAUAUUAACUAUUUUAUGAAUGAAAUAAGGAAAUGUGAACACAGAAGUACAAUCCCUGGAAUGAAAACAAAAUAGUUUACUGUGCAUAUUUACUCACUAUAUACAUGUACUAGAGUCACUAGACCAAGAUAAAGAUUUUUUUGUGUUAACACCAGAGGACAUUGUGAGCACAUGAAUCACGAGUGCACAAAGUUUUCCGUAUGUAAUAUAUUGUUAACAUUGAUUCUUAUGUCUUAGCCUGCUCAUGACUACAUGUACAUGUACUUACUGUACAGUUGGCCAGCUGGUUUUUUGGGGCCCCGUCUUACAAAGAGUUGCGAUUGAUCCGAUCAAUCGCAACUAUGGAUGGCCAGCAACGUCAUGUAUCAUGUAUAUUUGUUCAAAAUAUUUUCUAGCUCUGAUGUAUAUUCAUGCAUCAAUUGUUUUCUUAAAAAUUCACUGUGCUUCUCUUUGUUUACAAAGGACAUUGUGCUAAUUUUCUGAAGAACAAAUUAUGACACUGAUGGAUUUCCAUAGAGUUAGAUCAAUCGUAACUCUUUGUAAGAUGGGGCCCUGGUGUUAGAGAGAGCCCUACAAUCGUGUUUCUUAUUGUCAGUGCACAUGUAAUAUGAUGUAAUUAUCCCCCCCCCCCUGCCCUGCCUUUUCUUUUAAACACAAAUAGAAAGGCUCUUCAUGUACAUUAUGCAUUUGUGUAUAGUUUAACAUUUGCUUUGAAUUAAAUGGAAUUAGUAGAAGGUCUGCUAUAAAUUUUUGAGGAAAAAAAACGUGUCAUUGGAAUGUUGCGUUCUGUGCUUGAAUUUUUUGUAUUAUACACCAAAAUUCAGAUUUGUUUUUCACCAAUAUUGUUUAGAUGCUUGUAUAUAGUGUGGAACUGAAAUAAUAUGGAAAUAUUUUA